CCCUAGUAGUAAUCACCAGCAUGUAACUGUACAAAAAUUUUGUAUCCUCCCUCAUUAUUUGCGUUGGGGAACAAAUGAUGAGUCUAUGUAACAUUGGUAUAAAGUGUAUUUUAAUAAAAAGGUUCAAUUAAAUGUGCAAUUAGGUUGAAAAGAUCCAUAAGAUGGGUUAGAAAGGUAAAUUUCUCAAGUACUAGGGGCUGAAAUUAUAUUAAAAAAGUACAAAAUUGUCAAGAAAUCAAGUUACUUGUUGAAAAAGAUAAUAAAGUCAAAAUACAUAAUUUUCAUUGUCAAACCCUACAUUCCUGAUCCCUCAUUCAGGUGCAGCCAAACAGAGCACCUCUUCGGCUCUUCUUCUCUUAUUAACUAAAACAAAGCCACUCUUCCUCUUCCUCUUAGAUUAGAUGCCAUCGUUACAAAAUCUCCUCCUCUGCCAUUGAAAGAGAAUCAACAGCCGGUACUUAUUAAGCGAAAAGACAGCAGGUAUGGUGAGUGUUUUUCUUUUCAAAUCUGUAGCAGCCUUCUUCUUCUUUCUUUCUCAUCCGCAGAACUACCCUACUGGUAGUUCUAAUCUUUUAAUUGAUUUUUAAGCCUUGGUUUGAACUUAGGUGUUUGGUUGUUCUUUUUUUACUUUAAAAUUGCUUGUAAUUUUCUAUUACAUUGUUUUUUUUUUGUCAUGGAGUUUGAUCAGAUUACCCAGGGUUUAAGAAAAAGAAAUUGAUGAAACAGUAAAAUGCAAAUUCCAAGGUCAGGAAAUGGGGUUUAAUUGUAUUAAUAAUUCUGCAAAACUAUUAUAGAAACAGAGGAAAUGGAAUAAGGAGAGAAGGGGAGAGGAAUGAAGGAAACAAGGUCUUCUGAUUGAUAUUUAACUGCGGGUAGCAAGUAAGCAGUGUAAGAAGUUGCAUACAUUGAUUGUCCUUUUCCAGACACAACAUAUUUUUCUUGAAAAAUGAAAUUUCAGUUUGUGAUUCCUUCCGUUGCCUUUACAUUCUAAGCUUGUUAUACCACAGUUGGGUGGCCUUAUCUUCUAACCCAAUAACUUGGCACGUUGAGCAAUUGCCAUACUUUCCCAUUGUACAUUUGCAUGUCCUAUUAUCAUACAUUCAAAGUCAAAGAAGUUGACUUUAAUUCCUUCUUGUAAGUUCUCCAAAAUGUUGAGCAUAACUUGCUUGAAUGUAACUAGUCCUCGGAAAGAUGAAGUUGUGUGAUAGCAGACCAGGUGAUCACCAUGACCUGAGCUUUCAUGCAGAGAUAGAAAUCCAGAAAUCUCAGAAAGCCAUUCGCAAUAAAAAAAUUGAGGAUCUUCGGAAUUAGUUACUAAGAGAUCUUCUGAACAAAUAACAGCAAUACUUGACAGGAUUUCACACACUGCAUCAUAAACAGUCUCUCUUGAAGCUCUAUCAACACUCUUGAAUAGAAAGUGAAGAAAAAUAAAUUGAUACAUAGCUACUGUAGAUGAUGUUCUUCCUAAGAAUCCAUCAAUUGCCUCGAUACAUAGUAUUUUUCUUUUCAAAUGUCUAGCAGCCUUCUUCUUCUUUCUUUCUCAUCCGUAGAGCCACCCUGCUGAUAGUUCUAAUCUUGUAAUUGAUUUUUCAGCCUUGGUUUGAAUUUUUAGGUGUUUGGUUGUUCUUUUUUUACUUUAAAAUUGCUUGUAAUUUUCUAUUAAAUUGCUUUUUUUUUUUUGGGUUUUGGAGUGGCUGUAAUUGGACAUAUUUCAUAGUGAACUUUGGCAUUGUUAAGGUUUGAACGAUCAGGUCGUAAAGAUAGUGAUGAAGUUGAUGAUAAUUGUAUACUGGUACUUUGUGUUGAUAAUGAAGAAAGUUGGAUGUUAGGAUUCUUGGCCUUAUACCCGAAUUGGAAAUUUGAUGAUGAAGAUUUUUAAGCCUUGUUCCAAGUUUAAAAACAUUGUUUACAACUACUGUCUAUCGGAAUUUAGUAAUUUGUUUUCUAGAAAGAAAUGAUGGUGGAGGAGAAACGAGAAGUAGAAGAAGAGGAGGUAAAGGUGGUGGAGGAGGAGGAGGAGGAAAGAAUUCAGAGCUUCAAAGAAUUGGGAGUGUGCUCAGAGCUGGUGGAGGCGUGCGACAAUUUGGGAUGGAAAGCACCCACAAGGAUUCAGAUGGAGGCAAUUCCCCACGCCAUUCAAGGGAACGACAUCAUUGGACUUGCCCAAACUGGUUCGGGUAAAACCGCUGCUUUUGCUCUGCCAAUUCUCCAAGCUCUUCUUCAAGCUCCCCAACCUUUCUUUGCCUGUGUCCUUUCUCCCACACGAGAGCUGGCUAUUCAAAUUUCUGAACAGUUUGAAGCUUUGGGAUCAGGGAUUGGUGUAAAGUGUGCUGUGCUUGUUGGAGGAGUUGCCCAAACUGACCAGAGCAUUGCCCUUGCUAAGCGCCCCCAUAUUGUUGUGGCAACCCCUGGUCGCCUUGUUGAUCAUCUUUCAAAUACUAAAGGUUUUACCCUGCGUAUGUUGAAGUACUUGGUAUUGGAUGAAGCAGACAGGUUGCUGAAUGAGGAUUUUGAGAAAUCACUCGAUGAGAUAUUGAAUGUUAUUCCUCGUGAAAGGAAGACAUAUUUGUUUUCUGCUACCAUGACAAAGAAGGUCAAGAAGCUCCAGAGGGCAUGUCUGAGGAAUCCUGUGAAGAUAGAAGCUGCAUCUAAGUAUUCUACAGUGGAUACGCUUAAGCAACAGUAUCGCUUUGUUCCUGCAAAGUAUAAGGAAUGCUAUCUUGUUUAUAUUCUAACUGAGAUGUCUGGAAGCACAUCGAUGGUGUUUACACGUACAUGUGAUGCAACUGGUCUUUUGGCUUUGAUGCUGAGGAACCUGGGCUUAAGGGCCAUCCCUAUUAGUGGCCAUAUGACCCAGGCAAAAAGACUCGGAGCCUUGAACAAGUUUAAGGGUGGAGAAUGUAAUAUCCUCAUUUGUACUGAUGUUGCUAGUAGAGGGCUAGAUAUUCCAUCUGUUGAUAUGGUUAUUAAUUAUGAUAUCCCCACAAACUCAAAGGACUAUAUACAUCGGGUUGGAAGAACUGCUCGCGCAGGACGAUCAGGUGUUGCCAUUUCAUUAGUCAAUCAGUAUGAGUUGGAGUGGUAUAUACAAAUAGAGAAGCUCAUUGGGAAGAAGUUACCCGAAUUCCCAGCUCAAGAAGAAGAAGUCUUGCUUCUGUUGGAGCGGGUCACGGAGGCUAAAAGAAUCUCUCAAAUGAAACUCAAAGAAACUGGUGGGAAGAAGAAACGAAGGGGAGGAGAUGACGUCGACGAAGAUGUUGAUAGAUAUUUAGGUUUGAAGAAUGGGAAAGCAAAAAAGUUUAAAAAUCGAUGAUGAUAGAAUGAAUGCAGCAGUAGCUUACAGGGUUUUCAGAUAUUAGCAAUCGGAAAUAUGAAAAAGCUUAGGAAGAGAUCAUGAAGGGGGAAGAUUUGAAAAUGUAAAAUCAUUUAAGAAGCCUGAGUAAAGAUCCCUACCAAUUUUGUUCCAUUUUAAUCCUAGAUGGGGUACGAUAGAAUUUUAGUUCUUUUUGCUUUUUAAAUAUAAUUGUAUUGUUGCCUAAAGGUUUCUAUAUUAUUGUUUAGAAACUGAUUAUGAAGCGAAAAAUUGUGCAUUUAUGGGCUA